CGUGAACCGCCACACGAGGAUCUUCCUUAGCAACCGUGGACGAACAUGAGUUACUACAGCAUAAGACCCUCCAGCUCUGCCAGCUUCUCCUCAAACGCAACAACAAGCGGAAUUGAAGAUGACAGCGCCAGUCUUAUGCAGCAGAAGCUUGAAAAACAGAGGGCACUGUUGGAACAGAAGCAGCGGAGGAAGCGUCAGGAGCCACUCAUGGUCCAGCCCAACACGGAGGCCUGGCCCCGGCGCUCCAGGACGCGGCGCGGGGAGGAGCAGGCGCCACUGGUGGAGUUCCAACCCAGUAUCGUAAACGAUGUCAACAUGGAUGGCAUUGAUGGCCCAGCAGCCUUCAUGGGAUCAGAACUCCCUGAUCUGGGAACCAAAAUCCAGAUCCUCUCGCCAAGCCAAACCCAGAACAAGUCCCAGUCCCAGCCUCAGUCCAAGUCUGAGUCUCAGUUCCAGCUUCAAUCCCAGCCUCAGUCUCCAGCUUGUGAGGAGCCCGAGACAGACCGAGACACUGAGACUCUGCUCGAGCCCAAGACGGACAUCCACGAGUUACUGCAGAAACAAGGCCUCUGUGGCAGCAUGAACUUUGACGAAUCCAGUGAAAACGAGGAGGACACGGAGGAAGAACGGACUCGUUCCCUGUCACCUCACGCAGACUCCACCAGGCCUGAGUCUGCUGCCAGCGGCAAAGACGGUUCAGAGGUCGUGACCCCAGGAUCACCCACACCCGACAGCUCGCUGAUCGACGUGGCGAAUCUGGAGGAGUUCGUCCUCCGUCCGGCUCCACGCGGCAUCACGGUGAAGUGUCGAAUCUCCCGGGACAAGAAGGGCAUGGACCGCGGCCUGUACCCCACCUACUUCAUGCACAUGGAGCGAGAGGACGGCAAGAAGGUGUUCCUGUUGGCAGGCAGGAAGAGGAAGAAGAGCAAGACGUCCAACUACCUUAUUUCAGUGGACGCCACAGACUUGUCUCGUGAGGGAGAGAGCUUCAUCGGUAAACUGAGGUCCAACCUCAUGGGCACCAAAUUCACCGUGUACGACAACGGCACCAACCCCUGCAAGAACCCCGGGGCUCUGCUGGAGGAGAGCAACACGAGACAGGAACUCGCCGCCAUCUGCUACGAAACCAACGUACUGGGAUUCAAAGGACCACGGAAAAUGACUGUAGUCAUCCCGGGCAUGAACAUGAACUUCGAGCGAGUCCCCGUGAGACCUCAGAGUGAGCAGGAGAGCCUCCUCAGCAGGUGUCACAGCCACUCACUGGACAACCUGAUCGAGCUGCACAACAAGGCCCCGGUGUGGAACGACGACACGCAGUCCUACGUGCUCAACUUCCACGGCCGGGUCACUCAAGCCUCCGUCAAAAACUUUCAAAUAGUUCACGACAACGACCCCGACUACAUCGUGAUGCAGUUUGGCCGCGUGGCCGAGGACAUCUUCACUCUGGACUACAACUAUCCCAUGUGCGCCCUUCAAGCCUUCGCCAUCGGCCUGUCGAGCUUUGACAGCAAGUUGGCCUGCGAAUGA